GACCAUUGUCUGCCGACCCACUACGUCACAAGUUCAGACUUCAUGAGGGCUCAAGUCCAUCAACACUCGCGCGGGUUCUCCACCUAAGGCUUGAACGCCAUGUCUCAACUGAGUCCCGAUCUUCAAGAGAAGCUCGAUGAGCUCCAACAAGAGUUAGAGGAGGGAGACAUCACAGAAAAAGGAUUCCAGAAACGUCGAACCCAACUCCUCUCACUGUACGGCUUACCAGAUGCGACGGGUGGCCUUCGAAUACACUCGCCCGACAGCGACAGCUAUGCGAACAGCGACGGACACAGAGGCGCCGCAAUGGCUGCUCUGAGCUCCAAUCCUCAGGAACCCAAUGCGCCGUAUGCUCCGACUAAUAUUAUUUCUCCCGUUGACUGGCGGCCGCAGUCAUCAGGCCCGCCGGGCUCAAGCCAUGCGCAUGGCGCAGAAAAUCCAGUUGGUCUCUUGCGACCAGGAGGCCCCAUGGCCGAGCAUCGGCCGGCUAUCCAGCAGCGCGACUCCCUCUUCCUGAACCCGACGCAGAACUAUUCCCAGAUCAUGACUUCGGAAUCGCCUGACCGCUCUGGAACCAUGGUGUCCGGUGACUAUGCCUUCAGGCCCGAACAUCAAGGCGGAUACAAUCAACCGCCGAACAAUGCAUACGACAGUCGCACUGGAACAAUGAUGGACUCUCAGGGCUACUUUUCCGACUUUGCUGGCCAGCAGGCAUACGAUCAAAGCCAACAGGCAUACGCUCAACGCCGGCAGUCGUACGAUCAGGGCCAACAACAAUACGAGCAGGGUCAGCAACCAUACGAGCAGGGCCAGCAACCAUACGAUCAGGGACCCGGGGGCGAGUACGGUGGUGGUGUGCAAAGAUACUCGUCCAGCGACGCUUUCUCUCCGACCGCUGCGAUGGCUCCGCCAAUGCUCACAGCUAGUGAUCUUCCGCCCCCUGAGAUCCUGCAGUAUCUGAUGCCUUUGGAACCGCGUGAGGUACCUUUCGCUAUUCAUGACCCCCACGAUGAGAAUACGGCUAUGUCGACGUUUGACAACAUUGCGGCAGUGUUACGGCACCGUGGCAGGACAACGGCCAAGAUGCCUGCAUACUGGGUCCUCGAUGCGAAGGGGAAGGAGAUAGCAUCCAUCACGUGGGACAAGCUGGCUUCUCGUGCGGAGAAAGUCGCGCAAGUCAUUCGUGACAAGAGCUCUCUCUAUCGUGGUGAUCGAGUUGCACUCAUAUAUCGUGAUACAGAAGUCAUCGAUUUUGCGAUAGCUUUAUUGGGUUGCUUCAUUGCUGGCGUCGUCGCAGUCCCGAUCAAUGAUUUGCAGGAUUAUCCGAGGUUGAACUUGAUAUUGACCUCAACACAAGCGCAUCUUGCGUUGACUACCGACAACAACCUUAAGGCCUUCCAGCGCGAUAUUACCACCCAAAAGCUUAAUUGGCCCAAGGGAGUUGAGUGGUGGAAAACCAACGAGUUCGGCAGUUACCACCCGAAGAAGAAGGAUGAGGUUCCACCUUUGUCGGUCCCCGAUCUCGCGUAUAUCGAGUUCUCUAGGGCGCCAACCGGAGACUUGCGCGGUGUAGUACUUAGCCAUCGCACGAUAAUGCAUCAAAUGGCUUGUCUUAGUGCCAUAGUAUCUGCAGUACCGACCCACGGCCCUGGGGAUACCUUUAGUCGAGCUCUGCGAGACAAGAAUGGCCGGUUGAUAGGGGGCGGCGCAAGUAGCGAGAUUCUCCUAUCCUACCUGGAUCCUCGCCAAGGCAUUGGUAUGAUCCUUGGAGUGCUUCUUAAUGUCUACAGUGGUCACACAACUGUGUGGCUGGAGAACAAGGCUGUCAAUGUGCCGGGUCUAUAUGCGCACCUGAUUACAAAGUACAAGGCCACACUGAUGGUGGCCGACUACCCCGGUUUGAGAGCCGCAGCAUUUAAUUACCAACAAGACCCGAUGACGACGCGAAACUACAAAAAGGGAACGGAGCCGAAUUUCCAGACGGUGAGGCUCUGCUUGAUAGACACAUUGACUGUCGACAGCGAGUUCCACGAAGUCCUAGCCGACCGGUGGCUGAGACCCUUGCGGAACCCUCGCGCGCGGGAGGUCGUUGCGCCGAUGCUCUGUCUCCCGGAACACGGAGGCAUGGUUAUUAGUGUUCGAGACUGGCUCGGCGGCGAGGAACGCAUGGGUUGCCCAUUGAAACUGGAAAUCGACGAAGAAUCUGAGUCCGACAACGAGGAAGAGGUUGCCGACAAGGACAAAGAAAAGGAGAAGGAGAAAAUUGCACCGUCCAACGGCUUCGGCAGCUUGCUUGGUGGGGGCGCGACAACUACCCAGGAACAGGAAGCUAAGAACGAGCUCAGUGAGGUCCUUCUAGACCGAGAGGCGCUGAAGACCAACGAAGUCGUCGUUGUCGCCAUCGGCGAUGACGCAAGAAAGAGGGCCGCAACAGAGUUGGGAACUGUUCGAGUUGGCGCAUUCGGCUAUCCCAUCCCCGAUGCGACUUUGACAGUGGUAGACCCCGAGACUGGAUUGCUGACAUCGCCUCAUUCUAUUGGUGAGAUUUGGGUAGACUCCCCAUCACUCUCUGGAGGGUUCUGGGCGUUGCCCAAACACACCGAGCAGAUCUUCCAUGCCCGGCCCUACAAGUUCGAGCCGGGCAAUCCGACGCCAACACCCGUAGAGCCCGAGUUCUUAAGAACCGGCCUUCUUGGAGCCAUCAUCGAGGGCAAAAUCUUUGUCCUCGGUCUUUACGAAGAUCGCAUUAGACAGAAAGUGGAAUGGGUCGAACAUGGCCAUGAGAUUGCCGAGCAUCGUUACUUCUUCGUGCAACACAUCGUUGUCAGCAUCUUGAAAAACCUGGCGAAGCAAGUCUAUGACUGCUCAGCAUUUGACGUGUUUGUCAAUGAUGAGCAUCUUCCCAUUGUAGUGCUGGAGUCCACAGCUGCAUCUACGACCCCGACAACUAAUGGUGCCCCGCCUAGGCAGCUCGACACCGCGUUGUUGGAUUCGCUCUCUGAGAGAUGUAUGGAUGUGCUGAUGCAAGAGCACCACUUGAGAGUCUAUUGCGUUAUGAUCACCGCCCCUAAUUCUCUCCCACGGGUCGUGAAGAAUGGCAGACGAGAGAUAGGAAACAUGUUGUGCCGCAGAGAAUUCGAUCUUGGCAACCUUCCGUGUGUGCAUGUCAAGUUUGGGGUCGAGCACGCUGUUCUGAAUCUACCAAUUGGCGUCGAUCCCAUGGGUGGCAUUUGGUCCCAUAUGGCGUCGGAAUCGCGGGUCGACAUUCUUGGACCAGCCGACAAGCAAUACUCGGGCAUUGACCGACGGGAGGUCGUCAUUGACGAUCGAACGUCGACCCCGCUCAACAACUUCUCUAGCAUUACGGACCUCAUCCAGUGGCGAGUGGCACGCCAACCUGAAGAACUCGCCCUUUGCACCAUUGACGGAAGAGGGAAGGAGGGCAAGGGCAUCACGUGGAAGAAGUUUGACACCAAGGUCGCCGCUGUUGCUGUCUAUCUUCGUAACAAGGUCAAAAUACGACCCCGCGACCACGUGGUUCUCAUGUAUACCCAUUCAGAGGAGUUUGUCUUUGCCGUACACGCCUGCAUCAACCUUGGGGCUAUUGUGAUCCCAGCGGCCCCAAUGGACGAGCGCCGCCUGAACGAGGACGUGCCGGCCUUCUUGCACCUAAUUGCCGACUACAACGUCAAGGCUGUUUUGGUCAACCACGAGGUGGAUCACCUGCUCAAGAUGAAGCCAAUCUCCCAGCAUAUAAAACAAUCAGCACAAGUCCUCAAAAUUGGCAUCCCAAGUGUAUACAAUACGUCGAAGCCACCAAAGCAGAACAGCGGGCUGAGGGAUCUCAGUAUUACCAUGGAUCCAGCCUGGAUCCAGCCCGGAUACCCGGUGAUAAUAUGGACGUAUUGGACACCAGACCAGCGGAGAAUCGCUGUACAGCUUGGUCAUGAUACGAUACUCGGUAUGUGCAAGGUGCAGAAAGAAACAUGUCAGAUGACGAGCUCUAGACCAGUGCUCGGGUGCGUCCGUAGUACCACCGGCCUCGGCUUUAUCCACUCCUGCCUUAUGGGUGUUUAUAUCGGAACGCCAACCUAUCUGCUCUCACCAGUGGAGUUCGCACAGAACCCGCUGUCUCUCUUCUUGACCCUUAGUAGAUACAAGAUCAAGGACACAUACGCUACGCCUCAAAUGUUGGAUCACGCUAUGAGCGUCAUGCCGGGCAAGGGGUUUACAAUGCACGAGUUGAAGAACAUGAUGAUUUCGGCCGAAGGAAGGCCGCGAGUCGACGUGUUCCAGAAGGUACGCCUCCAUUUCGCGGCUACGGGCCUGGACAGGACGGCCAUAAAUACCGUCUACUCACACGUGCUUAACCCCAUGGUCGCUUCGAGAUCUUACAUGUGUAUCGAACCGAUCGAACUGUGGCUCGACCAGCGUGCCUUACGAAGAGGUCUCGUUAUUCCCGUUGAUCCCGACACUGAUCCCAAGGCGCUGCUUGUCCAAGAUUCGGGCAUGGUGCCGGUAUCGACCCAAAUUGCCAUUGUCAACCCCGAAAGCCGUCUUCUUUGCUACGAUGGCGAGUACGGCGAGAUUUGGGUUGACUCGGAAGCUUGCGUCAAGUCAUUCUAUGGCUCAAGGGAUGCUUUUGAUGCGGAGCGUUUCGAUGGUCGCACUAUAGACGGUGACCCCAACAUUAGCUACGUCCGCACCGGCGACCUCGGGUUUCUGCACAGUGUGAGCCGGCCAAUUGGACCAGGCGGCGCUCAGGUUGACAUGCAGGUCCUCUUCGUGCUGGGCAGCAUUGGCGAGACAUUUGAGAUAAAUGGCCUGAGCCAUUUCCCGAUGGACAUUGAGGCUUCAGUAGAGCGUUGCCAUCGCAACGUCGUACCUAGUGGCUGCGCCGUAUUCCAAGCUGGAGGACUUAUAGUUGUUCUCGUUGAAGUCUCUCGCAAGAGUUACCUGGCUUCCAUUGUGCCAGUCAUUGUCAAUGCCAUUCUCAACGAACACCAGAUCAUCAUCGACAUAGUUGCCUUCGUAAACAAAGGUGACUUUCCCCGGAGUCGUUUGGGCGAGAAGCAACGCGGCAAGAUCCUAGCUGGCUGGGUUACACGCAAAAUGCGCACAAUUGCUCAAUUCGCCAUUCGCGACGUGGACCCUAACGCAAUCGAAGGGGGCGAUGGGCCAGUUGAUGCUCGUCGCGCUAGCGUUGGAAGCAUGAGAAGCAGCGGCGUUCCUGGAACUAGUUCGCUGCGAAAUAUGGAGCACGCGCCACAAAUUCUCGAGCAAGAGGAAAUUGACCACCAGAUCGGCAAGAUGGCAGAGCUGCCACCGUCUGACCUGUCUGCUAUUAACAGAAAGUCAGUGUCGGGCGCCGAAACAACUGGAAGUCGGUCGAGCAGGGGAUUCGACUUGCCGGAUUUCAAUCGGUUCGGGGAUGAGACGACCUUGACUAGCAAGCAGCAAUCCCACGCGACACCGCAGAUUCGUCUCCCUGAUGUCGACGGACGGGAGCCGGAGAUGUGGAACCCCAAAGGCCUGCCGGUUAAUGAUGAAGAGGAUUGGACUAGGGAUGCAAUCAUGAACAUGAACCUCGCUGGCCAGAUGGGGAAGCAGAAGUAAUUGAUUGAUGACGUGAAUUGACAGGCGCUGUUUUUUCUCGAUACGGCGGAAGAGGGAGUUGGAUCGGCACAUCAACGUCUUGGAGAGAGUGGUGGGCUCACGGAUUACGCAUAAAAGUAUGACUUGACGCUUGGGUAGGCUAUAUCAGGUAGCCUUUUG